UAACCUCCAAAGUACAAUUUUAAGUGCAUCCUCAGCCUCAGCCUUUGCACAUGGCGUGGCCGCAUGUUUUUCACCGAAUUUCCUUAAAUAUCAAUCUUUAAUGAUGCUGUAGUUCUUUAUUUAGUGUCUUUUCCAUCAAUUUUCAGGCAGCUUGCUGUACCAUCAAGUUUAAACCCAUCAGGAAAUCUGUAGCUUAGCUCAAAAUGGGCCUUCCAGCAGUCAGCAAAAAACAAGUGAAGAAGGAGAAGAAAUUGGGUGUCCUCAAUGGCAAAAUUGAAAAGAAGGGAAAAGAAAAGGGCAGCAUCACUAAAGGCAUCGAGGAAGUGAAGAAUAAAUUUAAUCAAGAAAAGAAGAAACAAAUCAAACAAGAACCAGGCUCCCCCAAUGCUGCGCCCAACAAGCAACCAAAAUUUGCAAAAUCUAUCAAACAAGAACCCGGUUCUCCUAACAAGAAGGUGAAAACAGAAGCUGCAGGUGUGCCAAAUAGUAAUAAUACUAAUGGUACAGGUGUAUCCAAGUUUGAGAAGAAAAAGAAUUUCAAGGUAAAUAAAGCGAAGAAUGCUAAUAAAAAUUCUGAGGCAGUUACCAAAGUUAGCGCAAGCCCAAAUGCAGGCAAAAAAACAAGGCGAGGCAAGAAAAAAGGAUCCAAAGCAGAAACCCCUGUAAAUGGAUCUCCCGCUGUAAAAGGCCCACAAAAACCAAAGGAGCCUUUGACAAAAGAACAGGAAGAGAAGAUCUUGCAAAGGAGAAAGGAGAAAAUUGAAGCUUGGCAAAACACAAUUGAUCUCAUUUUGUCACAGAAAAAAAUCCCGAAAGAUGAAGCUGACCUCAUUAGAAGAUCCAAGAAGUACGACAAGCUGCCACUAUGGAAAAAGAAUUAUGUUACAUGGGUAAAGACUGAGCCAAUGUAUAAAAAUGAAAAGUUUGGACCCCUAAUCAAGAAAGUGUACAAAGUUCUGAAAGGUGCUGAGCGCAAGGCUGCAAGGACCAAGAAAAAGACAAAACAAUCUGUGCCUGAGCAACCCCAACUGAAAGCCGCAAUUGAGCGAUGCGUCCAACUGACAUCAGAGGGCACGGAUGUUUCAGCAACGAAGCCUGUAGGAAAGAAAAACGCUGCCAAGCAGAAGAAAGUCAGCCAAGAAGAUUCUAAGCAAGAUGUCAAGAAGUUGACCGAGUCGAUAGGCAAGAAAAAGAAGGGCAAGCCCCAGGGAAAGAAAAAGCAGUGAAUUUCUGGAGUUGUUCAAGUUUUUUUAAUUUGCUGUGAUUUGAUAGGGUACUGCUCUACCCUUCAUUUUUUUAGUUUUUUGUGACUAAGAAUAAUUUUAUGCCUGUCUAAGAGAGAUUUUCUUUUUUAAUAUCAA